AUGAAGGUGCCCUUUCUUCAACAGCAGGCUCAACUCGAGAAAGGCCAUUCUCGAACCACCUCGCAACCCGGGUCCUUACCGUUUAUCACGGAUCUCAAGGCAAAGCUGCUUCCCCUGACCCAACACAGCUACAGCAUACCGAACCCUCUGGCGAGAGCCCUCAAGCUCGUCGCCGCCGUCCUCGUCUUCGUGGUCUUGUGCUUGAAUCUACCUUCGAGGCGACCCUACGCGACAGACUUGGUCCUUGAGACGGCCGACCUGCGUAAUGGCGCCCUUGUCUCUGUCAAGCCGGUCAGGCCGUCACAUGCCGCUGACGACCUGGCCAAGUCCGUCAACGAAAGUACCCGCGACGCCCCCCCUACUACGACCCACGUCAUGAACUGCAACACCGACGUGGGCAGGCUCCGCGAAAUCGGGGCCGCCCACGAUCUCGGGGACCAGAUCGAGUACCUCAAGCACUACGUUCGCUUCACGCGCAAACCCAUCGAGCGGCGGUCCUAUACCAUGCUGCAACAGAGCCUGCUGCCCGACAGUAGCGAAGUAGGCCAGAGCUUCCGCACGCUACGACUUUCCGAGAGCAACGUCCACGAGGCUGAAUGUCGCAAGCCUCUCGACCUUGAGGUUCCCCAGUCACCCUUCCCCGCCAAUGUCGAUCUCUCCGACUACAUCUUCGCCCUCACCACGACUUUCAAGCGCCUCAAGCACCCCAAAACGAUCGAAGAGUGGGCCUACUGGCUGACAGAUGGCAACGGCAGGACGAACGGCGGCAAACUCCUCGUUCGGCUCACCGACGCCUCCGACGUGGAGCUCAGAGAUGUGACCCAGUGCCUCGCUGAUGUGGGCAUCGACGCCGAAAUAUCGUCCACGAAACAGUGGUUCGUCUUGUGCGACGCCGAUACCUUCUUCUCAGCCAUGAACAGCCUCGUUGCGAAAUUCAAACAGGCCUUCGGCGGCGGCGGCGUCUUCCUCAGCCGGCCUCUGGCCAAGAUUAUAUCAAGUGUCCAUGAUACGUGCAAUACGCGGGUCAAAUUGAAGGAGUCCAACUCGGGCUGGGGUCCUCAGGGAGAUAUCCUCCUCCGCAAGUGCAUCUAUGAGAAUACCAACGUGCGCUUGACUCAACUCGAUGACCUCUGGCAGCUCGAUCUCUCGGGAGACGCGGCAGGCUUUUAUGAGGGCGGUCUCAAACCCUUCAGUAUCCAUCAUUUCAAGGGUCACAAGAAUUGGUGGCACGCCUCGUUCCCGCUCAAUACGACCAAGAUUGCCCGCACUUGCGGCGGGGACUGCUCGUACCAACGUUUCGUCACCGCCGAUAACUUUAUCAUCUCCAACGGCUACAGCAUCGCGCAGUAUCCCCAAGGCAUCGACUUCGACCUCAACCAGAUCGAGGGCACAUUCCGCUCAGACAUCAAAGUAGACGGAAAGAAAAACGGGUGGGGCUUUGACUACACCUUCGGCCCCCAGCGACCGCCACUCAGCAAUACGGGUAAAAAGAUGGCCUGGGACAUUUACGAUUCGCAGUACCUUGAGGACGGGUCCGUCUCACAGGUCUAUGUCCGGAAGAAGGACGACGAGCGAUGGACGACGAAGGACGGAAAGCCCAUGAAAGCCCUUGAUGGUAUCAUUGAGCUUAUAUGGAUCCCAGCAUGA